AUGGAACUCCAACAAAUACUGCAUAUGAAUAGGGGCGAAGGUGACACAAGCUACGCAAAGAAUUCAUCCUACCAAAAUUCGGUUCUCACCAAGGUGAAACCUGCCCUUGAACAAUGCUUACGAGAAUUGUUGCGCGCCAACUUACCCAACAUCAACAAGUGCCUUAAAGUUGCGGAUUUGGGAUGCGCUUCUGGCCCAAACACAGUUUUAACAGUUUGGAACAUUAUACAAAGUGUCGACAAAGUUGGCCAGGAAAAGAAGAAUGCAUUCGAACCUCCCACCAUUCAGAUUUUUCUGAAUGAUCUUUUCCAAAAUGAUUUCAAUUCGGUUUUCAAGUCGCUGCCAAGCUUCUACCGCAAACUUGAGAAAGAAAACGGACGCAAAAUAGGAUCGUGCCUGAUAGCCGCAAUGCCUGGCUCUUUCUACGGCAGACUCUUCCCCGAGGAGUCCAUGCAUUUUUUACACCCUUCUUACAGUCUUCACUGGUUAUCUCAGGUCUUUGAAUUAAUCCCUUUUAUCCUUUUCCUUUCUCUUGUAGCAAAAAUCGUUCAUGAUUUUCAUUCAAUCUCAAGGUAUCCACAAGAAUCCAAGAAGUGCAAGAAAUUGCAAGAUUUAACAGCUGAACCAUUUGCUCUUCGAAGUUCUGAUGCCUGA